GCUUCGGAAAAGCUAGCGAUAAGAAGUUGACAAGUUUGCUAAAAAGUCAAAGGUGAAAUUUCAUUGAAUUUGUUGCUGACGUAUACAACAACGUAAACAUUCUUGUUUUAGCAAAAUGCCUGGGCUUAAUCUUGGAUUUGAAUUAUUUGCCGAAAAGUUUGGAAAAAAAGAGCUCGAGAGGAGGAUAAAAGAUGAACACACGCCACCACGGAAAUACCCAAUAUUUGGAGGACUUAAAUUAGAGCUUCAAAAACAGAAGUUCGAAACUAUGUUUACACUAGCGACAAUGUUGGGUGGUUUUCGUAGAGCAACACACACAGUUGGAACUGGUGGUGUUGGCAAAAUAAAGAUUGUUGAUGAUCCGAAAUUUCCAGAACAUGAAUUUUUUAAAGCUGGUCGCCAAUUCGAUGCAAGGUUGCGACAUGGAAAUCUCAAAUUCACUGAUGAUGCUGGAGCUGACGCCAGAUCAUUUUCAAUAAAAUUUGCGGACGCCGACGACAAAAGUCCUCUGGAUAUCGUCAUGAAUACAGGCGAGGCCAACAUCUUUUGGGAUGUCAGCAGUUUAGACGACUUUGUUCCAGUAAAUGAAGGAGACACAGCAAAAGAAUACGUUUACAAAAAUCCUUACUAUUACUACAAUUUUGUGGAGGCACUACGUCGAGCACCUGACUCAUUUGCUCAUCUCUACUAUUAUUCUCAGUUAACCAUGUAUUUCAAAGCAAAAGAUGGUAAAGUUCGAUAUUGCAGAUAUCGAGCAGUUCCAGGUGAUAUCAAUAUUAAGGAAGAAAAUGAAAGCGGAAGAUUGACUGCAGACGAACAAAGAAAUAUUUGGAUUUUUAGUCGUCACGAGAAUGAGAAGCGACCAGAUGAUUACCUUCGUAAGGAAUACGUUAAACGUCUGAAAAACAAACCGAUUACUUAUCACUUGCAAAUCCAAAUUCACGAUAAAUCCCCUGAAGACACAGCAACCAUUUUUCACGCAGGGAUCUUAUGGGAUAAGGACACACAUCCAUGGCUUGACUUAGCCACUGUCACCAUAAAGACUCGUUUAUCCCCAGAUGUAAUAGAACGUACGACUUUCAAUAUCGUGCGUCAGCCGGAAUCACUUGGAUUGUUGGAAGCCGAGUCACCCGAAGAUUAUAACAGCAUUGGUGAAAUAAGAGUUAGAGUUUAUGAUCGUGUGCAAAUGCUAAGAAAAUUGAAGAUAGGCUCAAUUACUCCAGCUGAUCAAAAUGCUAUUUACACAAUUGAAAUUAAAACGGGCAACAGAAAGAAUGCUGGCACCGAUGCCACCGUGUAUAUCAGACUAACAGGUUUAAAAGGUCGCACAGAGUAUUUGAAACUUGAUAAAUCAUUUCACAAUGAUUUUAAACGUGGAAGUAAAGAGGUUUAUAGAGUGGAAGCAUUGAAUGUUGGUGAAAUUGAACUGGUUGAGCUUAAUGCACGUCCGCUUGGAUUACAGUUACAACUAAAGACCCAGACUGGUUUGUUGAAAAGGUAACUGUCAUGAGUUCAAGACAUAGUGGUGUUUUUUCCUUCCCUUGUUACAGAUGGGUAAUCAAUGAAAUUGUUCUGCUGCCUGGAAAAGCAACUUUACCAUUCCAUGAUAUGCCACCGGUAGUUGCCGAGCAACGCCAAAA